AUCUAUUUUCAUUUCUUCAUAAAAAAUUUGUGCAGUAACAACUUCUUUCGGUGUAAAAAUAUUAAAAAAAAAGAAAUAGAAAAUAUAAUUCAUAACUAUUGGCUUAUCUAAAAAUUCGAAAUUUUCUUUACGUCCAUACAUAGUAUAUUUAAUUUGGAAAAAAAAAUGUUUGUUUCGGCCUUAUGUGGACGAUCUCUGGCUUAUGGUGGGCGACAGCUUAUGUCAAAGGCUAUCCUUUCGGCGCCGAUUAUUGCUCAGGCACAGACUGCAAAUGUACGAGGCAAAUCGACUAUAAAUUAUCGAGCUCAGUGUUCUAAAGAUGGUACGCGUUUGAAAAAGUCAAUGAAAAAGCCAAAAACCAUGUGGUUUAAUCCUGAAUGUUGUUUGGAUCCGUGCCCGGAUAUACAGCCGCGUUUCGAUGACCUCUAUUACAAAGCAUCCGAUAAGGCAAAACGCAAAUACACUCAAACGUGGGUUGAAUGUCCGAAGAUGAGGAUUGCUCGCAAGAAAAUCUGCUGCGCUGAUAAUAUAAUACCGCCAACUUUUCAGCGUCGUUCUCACAAGAGAAAAACAGCCGAGGAAGAGUGUAAACCGCAACCUACCAAUUUACUACCAUGUAAGAGUUACCCAAAAAGGAAGUGUCCAAGAUUUAUUUUACCUGGUUGUAAACCCGCUCGCGACCCGGCAAAAUGUGGUAAACCACGUCCGAAGACAGAUUGUAAAAAAAUCUGUACCCCGUAUCCGAGUUUCUCGGAAUGUACGAGAAAGAGAAAAGGUCCACCUCGACCGAUCGAAUGUCAUUGUCUAGAUAUACCAAUGAUGUGUGAAGUUUGGAUAGAAUUUCGACGAACUAUAGGCAAAAAGAAGACUAAACAAAAUUAAAAAUGUAGAUCCUUUGUAUGGACAAAAAAACUGUAAAAAUUAAAAUAAAAAGUGUAACUUUCCAACAA